AAAGUUAAAUCUCAUCAAUAAUUCAGACCUUAUCCCAUAUCUCAUCAUUAUAUUGCUGCUAUACUCUCUCGUCUCAUUUCUUGCUCAAUAAAUGCUCUGAUCUGAGUUUCAGAAACACUUGAUAAUUUCAACAACUAAUUACUCAGACCUUCAAUCUCUCAUCUGAUAUUACCCAAACCCAAUUCACCAACUCUAUCUUCAAGAAACACUUUAGAGAGGUUCAAUGGAUUUUGAUGUUGUAACCACUCUAAUCGAAAUAGUAGAGCAAGACCUUGUGGAGCCAGAACUACUUUCGAUUUUUGAUGCCGAAGGAAUGAAGGUGGCGCUGCUUCAUAAGAUUGAGUUGUUGUCUGUCAACCUCUGCUUCCUUCAAGCCUGUUUGGAGGAUUGUAAGACAAAAAUGAAUGAUGGGGACACCUGGGCUAAGAUACUGUAUGAAGAUGUCCGAGAUAAAGUUGCUACAAUAUAUGAAAAUUGCAAAAUAAAAUCUAAACUGAGCGAAGUAUACGCGGAAGCUAACUCGGAAGGAUAUGAAGAUGAGUGUUGUCGAAGUCUUCAUUGGACCUUAAACGAUAUGGUGGGAGAUUUUGAGGAACUUGGGAAAUGGAUCCUGAAGGAAAAAAAAAAAAGAACUGCUUUAGAGCUGGAGGAGCAGAACAUCACGGUUUGGGAUACAUACCAAAAUGCUUUAGAGCCUGAGAAUGAAGUGAUUGUAGGAUUCCACAGUGAUAUAAAGACAAUUACUAACUGGCUCUUUUAUUCACACUUGAUGAGAUCAGUUUUCACCAUUUUUAGGAAUAGUAACAUUGAACAGUUCCGGAAAUAUGUUGAAAAAUAUCCCAGUCGAUAUUGUCACAAUGCAGAGCAGAAACUACAAGUUAUCCCAUUCGUCGGGGAAGGAGGCAUUGGAAAAACUACAUUAGCCAAAAGAGUCUAUGGACAUCCAAUUACUAUUGCUUGCUUUCAAAUUCGAGCAUGGGUAGUUGUGUCUCAGGUUCAUAACCUCAAAGAGAUGCUCAUUGGUCGUUGUAUUUCACCAAUAACAAGUGAAAUUUACGACAUAGACGAUGCUCAAAUAGCUGAGCAAUUAUGCAGAAGUUUGAUGGGUCAAAAGUAUUUAAUUUUUUUGGAUGACAUAUGGACCACUGCUGCAUGGGAUGCUAUCCAAGGAUGUUUUCCAGAGAAUUUUAACGGAAGCCAUAUCUUAGUGACUACUCGGUUUACAGAGGUGGCUGAAUACUUAAGUGCAAAUCCCUUCCAUGUGGCGUAUCAAACUUUAAAGGAUCGCUGGGAAUUAGUUUCAAGGAAAGUGUUUGGGCAAAGCAAAUGCGCUCCCAGGGACUAUGAGUUAAUUGGGAAAUGCAUUGUUCUUGGUUGCAGUGGAUUACCGCUAGCAGUUGUUUUGAUUGCUGGACUUUUGGCAACAGCAAAAGAGUCUCUAGAGAUAUGUGAUAAGUGCAUAUUUGAUCAUAUUUAAUCCCCAUAUUUAAGCUUAUUUGUCCACUAGAUUGUAUAAAUUGUGUUCAGUAUAACCUUGAUUUUUUUCACUUUGAUUAAUGUUUGCAACAAUCAUCUUAUUUGGAAUAAAGUAAAGAAAAUUAGGCCGUAUUGCAUUU